AUGUCAGAAGUAAAUAAGGAGGAUGCUCCUACUGUUACAAGUCAGGUUGUUACUGAACCACUAAAGCCACUGCCUCCAGCCUUGACACCAUCUCAAAUACAAGUGGAGAAUGUCAGUCCUGCCCCAGUUUCCACACAGCAGCAGCAGCAGCAGCAGCCACCAACUAUUGCAACUACAAUGACAACUGAACCACCAAAGAUCACCCAAACUGUUGACACUACAUUUGCAUCAGCUCAAACAGGAAAACAAAUAAUCGAAACAUCAGCAGCAGUGGCACCUGCUGCUUUACAACCUACUUUGACAUCUUUUGCUGUGGCAACUUCAUCUUACAGUUCAGAUCAAGCCUAUGCCAUGAAUGUGUACCAACAGACAGUACAGCCAGCAGGAAUUGCAACAUUGACAACAAAUGCUUCAUUUCAGCCUACACUGGGGAGCGGAACCCUUGGUUCUGUGCCUUCUUUUCACUUGCCUGCUCAGUUUCAAAACCAGUCCUACUUGCCACCAACUCAAGGAUAUUCUCACUUUGCUACCCCUGCUGGUUUUCCAAAUGUACCCCCACCACCCCUCCCCCCCAUGCCCAGCAGUGCUGUAUACCCUCCACCUCCAGGUGGUGUCAGCACCCUACAAACACCUACAGCAUAUGGGGUACCACCUCCUCAAGGCAGACCACCUCACCCUGCCAUGACACUGCCUCCCCCUCCCCUUCCUCCAUUGCACAGCGGGCAAAUGCCUCCAAUUCCUCAAGUGAGCUCAAAUGACUUUCAAUGGCCAAGACAGUUUGGAGUUCCUCCAUCACAGAACCAACAGAUGGGAGGUUGGAUGAGAUGA